AACUUACAGCAGAUAGCCCAGUUCAAAUUGUUCACCGAGGCCCCUUCUUCCAACAAGGGGUGGAGAGAGCGAUGGUGCUACAUCAGACUGGCCGACAGCCCUUUCCCGAGGGAGUUGCGGAAUUGCUUCCGGCGUCAUGUGAAGGUCAAGAGCGCCGCCCUCGAGAAGGAUGGCCUGAAGAUUGCCGAGAUUCCGGAGGGGCGGGAUAAGAACAUAACCAUCAAGGAGUGCACCCUCGAGAAAGACCUGUAUGCCCUCGGAUUCCUGAGGUAUCGGUUCAUUGGGGAGACCGAGGAGAAGUAUCCCCUCUAUGAUAAAGCCUUCGUGGGGGCAGGAGGUAGCAGGAUGAAUGCCAACGCUCUGUUCGCAAAGAGGAAGGGCAAGACCCAGUCCAAGGAGAAGGGGCCCUCGGGCCAGAAGCCAGUCGACGCGCUUUUCCCGAAGGUCAUAGAACCUUCCGCCGGGGACUCCCAUGCUGCUGUGGGGAC